AAAAAUAAUUACUAGGUAUUUAAUUUAAUUACAUAAUUAGUAUUACAAUAUUAUUGAGAAAAAAAAAAAAGAGUGAUUUUUUAUUUAUUAUAAAUAGUAAGCUACAGUGUAGUUUGUGUGUGACUUUCUCUCUCGUGAUUGUCAAAGACUCGUAUGAAGUGAUAUAAUCUCGUUCACUGUCGAGGCUUUAUAACACUUAAUAGAUUAAUCUUACUUUUAUCUAAUUUAUAUAGGCAAUAUACAAAUACGUUUUAAUUUAAUAUACAUUUCAAUCAUCUAUAAUAUGUAUAUAAACAAAUAAAACAUCUGUUUCUAUACAUAGAAUAAAUUUACUAUGUAUUUUGUUUAUUUUUUUUUUAUCAUGGUGCAAUUAAAGUUUACAAGUUUCAACUGUGCAAUUUAUUAUUAAAUUAUUUAUUUAUCUUGGUGUAUAAUUAUACUGACACAUUGGUAAUGAGGAAGUCAAAAUAUCAUUAUGAAUUUUUUAACAAAGAGCAUAGUCUUUAUUUGUUUGGUGUCGUUGAGCAAUGCUCAGUGUCCUGAAGGAAGAAAUUGUACUGAAUGUGAAUAUAUGUCUGGAAAAUAUGAAAUUUUUUGUGCAAAAAAUGGUACAGACUAUGGAUACACUGUUAUUUAUAAACCUUAUGAUUAUCUCAAAAUAACAUGUCACAAUCCAUACACAAAAUGGUUAGAUUUUCAUUUGGGAUAUGCAAAUAGAGCUGAAGAUGUUAAACGUUUAACUUUUAGAUUAUGUCCAUUACCAAGAUGUUCAUUUCUUGGUGACAUAGCAAAACAAGUACUUGUUGAAGAUGUUGAAGAAUUAGAUUUUCGUUCAAGUUUAAAUAGAACAAUACGAAUGAGUAGAGAUUGUUUUAAAAAAUUUAACAAAGUUAAACGUUUGAGUUUAUCUGAUAAUAUUUUAGCAGGAAUAACAAGUGAUUUAUUAAUUGAUCUUGAACAUUUAAGAGUUCUUAAUUUACGUAUGAAUAAUAUUCAACAUUUACCAGAUAAUUUUUUAAUAACACCAAAUUUAGAAGCCAUUGAAUUGGGCAUGAAUAAAAUAAGUAAAAUUAAUAAAAACAUAUUUGGUAAAUUAAGUAAAUUAAAAUUACUCAAUUUAUGGGAUAAUAAUAUUGAAGAAAUUGAAGCUGGUACUUUUGAUGAAUUUUCAUCACUCAUAUCAAUUGAUAUUCAUUCAAAUAAAUUACAAACAUUACCUGUUGAUUUAUUUUCACGUUUAACACAAUUACAAGUUAUUAAUUUAGCGAAAAAUAAUUUUUCAACGACAACAUUACCCGAAUAUUUAUUAACAAAUAAUAAAAAACUUGAAAAAUUUAAAUUUUCAGAAAAUCAACAAAACAUGGAAACAUUUCCAAAUAAUUUUUUUAAAAAUUUAACUAAUCUUAUGAUAUUAGAUAUAAGUCGAAAUGGACUUAUGUAUUUACCUAAUAAUUUAUUUUUAAAUGUAACUUCUCUAAAGAAUCUCGAUUUACAACGUAAUUAUUUACAAACUUUACCACAAAAAUUAUUUCAAGAUUGUAAAAAUUUAAGCUCAAUUGUUAUUAGUUUUAAUAACAUAACACAUUUACCAGAUGGAAUAUUUAAAGGAUUAAUAAAACUAGAAGAAUUAAAUUUAUCAAAUAAUUUUAUCGUAACAAUUUCUGAAUAUCUUUUUCGUGAUUUAUCAUAUUUAAAAAUUUUAAAUAUAGAAAGAAAUAAAUUACAAAAAAUUCAUUCACAAAGUUUACUUGCAUUUCAUAAUUUAAGAAUUGCAAAAUUUUCACACAAUCAAUUAUCAUUAACAGAUGCAGUAAUAUAUGAAGAUGAAUAUGGUCCAAGAUCACCUUUUCAUUAUACAAGUGAAAGUAUUCAAGAAUUACAUUUGGCAAAUAAUAAUAUAUCAGUUGUAUUUGCUGAUUGGAUAUUUUCUACUCAUCUUCGUUAUCUAAAUUUAUCAAGAAAUAAUGUAAAAAUACUAUUGGAAAGAGAUUUUCAAUUUAUAACAAAUGAAUUAUCCCUGGAUCUGCGACAAAAUAAUAUCCAAAAAAUAUUAUUUAACAAUAAUUAUUACGAGCCAGUUUUACAAACAAAAAAUAAAUUAAAAAAAAUCACAAUAUUACUAGAUGAUAAUCCUUUAAUUUGUGAUUGUCAAAUAUAUCAAUUUCUUUGUUACUUAGAAAGUAGCACAUAUUUAUCACCAGAUAAUAUAUUAAAUAUAAAAAUGGAUAAUUUAUUAUGUAAAGAGCCAGAUUGGCUUUACGAUAAACACCUUGUUGAUUUAUCUUCAAAAUCAUUAAAAUGUUUAAUAGAUGAACCACACAAUUUAAAUGCAACAUGUCCAGAUAAAUGUGAAUGUUGGAUAAGACCAGAAAAUCGUGCAUAUUUAAUUGAUUGUUCAAGUAAAAAUUUAACACAAGCACCAAAAUUAAUAAAAGCACCAGAUGAUUAUUUCAUUGAAAUUAAUUUAUCAAAAAAUUAUUUAAUAAAUAUGCCACCGCUGGAUCGGUAUGGCUAUGAAAAAGUAACAGUUAUGCUGUUAUCAUAUAAUCAUAUUUUAAAUAUUCCAAUUGAGACAUUGUCAAUGAAUAUUCGUGUAUUGAGUUUGCAUGAUAAUCAUUUAAAAACAAUUGAUCCAAGAGUAUUGACUAAUUUUAAAAAUUCAAAAAAUUUAAUUAAUUUAACAUUACACAAUAAUAAAUGGAGCUGUGAUUGUAAUGAUCGUAAUUUUUUACAAUUUAUACAAACAGAAGGUUCACGUCUUCGUGAGCUACAAAAAGUAACAUGUGGAGAAAAAAAUAUAAAGGUUUAUUUAAUGACAUCUGAUGAAAUAUGUCCAACGACAAUUGAUUUAAUAAUUGGUAGUUGUAUUGGUAUAUCAUCAGUUGGUAUUAUUAUUGCAAUAUUAACAGUAUUAUAUUAUCGUUAUGAACAUAAAAUUCGUAUAUGGCUUUAUUCUAAAAAAUGGUGUUUACGUUGGAUAACUGAAGAUGAAAUUGAUAAAAAUAAAAAAUAUGAUGCAUUUAUAAGUUAUUCACAUGUUGAUGAUGAUUUUGUUGUUAAUAAUAUUGUAUCAAGACUUGAGAGUCAACCAAAACCAUUUAAAUUAUGUGUACAUUAUCGUGAUUGGCCAGCUGGUGAGUGGAUACCAAAUCAGGUUACAUAUUCAGUACAAAAUUCAAGACGCACUAUUGUUGUAUUAUCGAAAAAUUUUUUAAAAAGUGAAUGGGGUAAAAUGGAAUUUCGUACUGCUCAUUGUCAAGCAAUUAAAGAUGGUAGAACUAGAGUUAUUGUUAUUAUUUAUGGUGAUAUACCACCGACAGAAGAGCUUGAUAAAGAAUUACAAAAUUAUUUAAAAAUGAAUACGUAUGUCAAAUGGGGUGAUCCUUGGUUUUGGGAAAAAUUAUUAUACACUUUACCACAUGAUAGUUAUAUUAAUAAAAAAAAUAAAAAAUGUGUUAAACAAAAAAAUGGCUGUACAAAGUAAAAAUUUAUAAUAUCAUCAUGAAAAAAUAUUUUUUAUGUAUGAAAAAAAAACAACGAAUUAUUUAAUAUUAAUUUUUUUUUUUUUAAAUUUAAUAUACUGUAAAUAUAAUUAAAAUGGAGAUUAUAAUUUUGAGAUUUCCAUGUCAUUAUUAAAAAUAAUAUUGUUGUUAUGAAAAAAAAAAAAAAUUUUAUUUUUUAUAUAUAUAAAAUUAAUCGAGUAAGUAGGUUUUUUAAUUAGAAAAAAAAAAAAAAAAAAAACGAGUAAAUGGAAUAAUUUUUUUUUUUUUUAAAUAAAUUGUUAAUUGUUUAGAGUUUUUAAUUUUGUUUAUUUAUAAUAUGUGUUUUGUAUAGAUAAUAUUUUAUGAAAUAAUAAAAAAUAUAAUUUUAUAUUGUAA